AAACAGGAAGUGCAUUUCUCAGCUUCUUCAUGAGCUUUGAAGGCUUUGAAUUUUAUAUUCUACUGGGACACAUUUUCAUCCCUUUUAUGACUUGACCACUGGUGUGGAAAAAUGACCAUCCUUAUUAUGGAGAACAGCACUCCUGCGCAGAUGCCUUCAACCAGUGAAGACGAAUACAAUUAUACAGAAAUAGACUAUGGUGCCAACUACUUGUCAUGUAAAUAUGAAAAACAUGGAGCUGCCUUCCUUCCAGCAGUUUAUUCUGUGUUGUUUGUAGUUGGGAUAAUAGGAAAUGCUCUUGUUCUGUGGGUUGUGCUCUUGCAUGUAAAGUUGAAAAGCAUGACUGAUGUCUGUCUUCUUAACUUGGCCGUCGCUGACUUGCUGUUAGUUUUCUCCCUUCCAUUCCUGGCUCAUAAUGCCCGAGACCAGUGGGUGUUUGGUGAUCCCAUGUGCAGAAUAAUCCUGGGUUCUUACAACAUUGGCUUCUACAGUGGGAUCUUUUUCAUUACACUGAUGAGUGUAGACAGAUACUUAGCAAUAGUCCAUGCAGUGUAUGCACUGAAGGCCAGAACAGCAAUAUAUGGAGGAAUUGCAAGUGUGGUCACCUGGAUAGUUAGCAUUUUGGCUUCAUUUCCUGAGAUCAUGUACAAUACAGUUAAACUUGAGGAAGAGAAAUCCAGAUGUAUGCCUAUGUAUUCUGAAAAUAACAAACAGCCCCUGAAGGUAUUUAGUGAAUUUAAACUUAACGUUCUGGGUCUGCUGCUUCCCUCAGUCAUCAUGGUGUUUUGCUACUCAAUGAUCAUAAGAAGGCUGCUCACAUCCAUGUCAGCCAAGAGGCAUGCCAUCAGACUUGUUCUCUGUGUAGUCAUGGUCUUUUUCUUCUGUUGGACUCCAUAUAACAUUGCAUGUUUUUUUAAUGGCUUACAGCGUCUUAAUAUUGGCUACUCAUGUACAUCCAGCAAGAUACUUUUUUUGAGUCUCCAAAUAACUGAAACGGUGGCCUAUUCGCAUAGCUGUUUGAACCCCUUCAUUUAUGUUUUUGUUGGAGAGAAAUUUAAGAGGCACCUCUCCAGGCUAGUCGCUGGCAGCAUUUGUGAAAACUGUAAAAUCUUGAAAAUGUAUCUGCCUUUAACUGCAAACUCUGUGUAUUCACAGUCAACAAGUAUAGGGGAUAAUUCUACAGGGUUAUGAAAUACUUUUUUAGAUGUGGAUUAUACUGAGGAUUGCUGAGUUUCCAAUAAGCAAAGGCCAGCAGGGGGCUCUCACCCUGCGGUCCAUUUGGGUUCUAAUUCUAAUCCCAUUGGCCCUUACCAAU